AUGCUACUUUUGGGAUCACUUAUUACGUAUCUCCUACUGAAGCUGCAAUCUGCGAAUGCUGAGAUUGCCGACUGCAGCUUCUUUGAUACCGUGGAUAUCUCGGUGGGACAGAGACUCUCGAAUGGAUCAUACCUCUACGAGGGCUUACUCAUACCCGCCCAUUUGACGGCUGUGUAUGAAUUUAAGCUCCUGCCGAACGGAGGAAAGGAGCAGGUGCCCAGUCACGUGAGAGGAUGUGCUUGCAAGCUGAGGACGUGCGUCCGGUUUUGCUGCCCACAUGACUACUUAAUGGAUGGUGGCGCUUGUGUCCCCAACAUGACGGCGGAAGAGCAGGAAAUACUCAACCCCUUUCUAAAUGUGACCCUGGCGGACGGAUCGGUAGUGCAAAGGCACUUUAGAAAGGACCUCAUAGUGCAGGGGGACCUCCCAUGGCCUUCCUGUGAAAUGUUUUCGCUGGACAACCGCCAGAAAUUGGAAGAGUAUACGUUGUUCGAGAAUGGAACCUUUCUGCGCCACUUCGAUCACGUUUAUUUGGACAAGCGGGAGUACUGUCUGCAGCACCUUACAUUCCAAGACAAUGAUGACUACUCCAUUCGAAUUGCACCCCACAAUUGCUCGAUAGAGCCAAAAAGAAUGGGACAAACUGUUGUUAUGAUCAUAUCCUUGACAUGUAUGCUUCUUACGAUGGCCGUGUUCCUGUGCGUUAAGAAGCUAUGGAAAUUGGAUGGCAAGUGCUUGGUCUGCUACGUGGCGUGCCUGUUUUUCGGAUACCUAAUGCUACUCCUUAAUCUGUGGCAAUUAUCAGUUAGUUUCUGUCAAACAGCAGGUUACCUGGGAUACUUUUUCGUGAUGGCUGCGUUCUUAUGGCUGUCUGUCAUGAGCCGGCAUCUUUGGAGUUUUCUCACCACCCCGAAGACUCCGUCAGAUGGUGCAUUCUUGAGGUACAGCUGCUUCGCCUGGGGAAUGGCUUUGGCCUUGACCGGAGUCACCUUUCUGGCUGAUAGGGUCAUCGAUUCCGACGAUUGGAGGCCUUACAUGGGCAACGCUGGCCAUUGCUGGAUCUCUACUUAUAGCUGGUCUGCAAUGCUGUACUUCUAUGGACCGAUGUUGAUCAUCAUCCUCUUCAACAUCACUAUGUUUACGCAGACGGCUAAGUAUUUCAUCGACUUGAAGCUGGCUCUUAGGAAAAUUGCUCGCAAUUCUGGCCUAGAACAGAAGAUGAAAUCGGACAAAAUAAAUUACAUACAAUUGCUGGCGCUCUUCACCUUAAUGGGGAUAUCGUGGAGCAUUGAGAUAUUCAGCUACUUGUAUCAAGACGAUGAUCUAUGGGUCAAUGUUGUUGGUAGCUACUUCAACUGGUCCCAAGGCAUCAUUAUAUUUGUGCUAUGUAUUCUGAAGCCCAAAACUCUGAGACUAAUAAGGGAACAAAUAUUUCCCCAAAAGAAAGGCCUCUGUUUAAAAAUAUCAGCAAAUCGGCAAAGUGUGAGCUCGGAAACCAUCUCUAACACGCCAAGUCCGACAAGGAUCUCAAUGAAAUAAUAAGCCAGAGUACUCUCUUAUUUAAACUUAAAAUUAAUUAA